GCUCAGAUAGAUAACAAUGGCACCUCCGUCUACUACAUAGACUCCGGAGCACCACGUGGUCGUCCUAACUACACCACUGUGGUACUAGUCCACGGCUUUGGUGUCAACGGUGGAAUCUUUGAGCGUAUGUUGCCGUAUGCCGCGAAAUACGGACUCCGUGUGAUUGCAAUGAACAGCCGAGACUACUCUGGAUCGACGCCUUACACGCCUGAUGAGCUUUCAGACUACACUAGUCACAAGGUGGACGUUCAGGCGGCCGCCGUGAGAAGGUGGGGGAACGAAAUCUGCAGAUUCCUUGCCCAUGUAUGCCUACGCAUCGGCAUUCCACGCACGACCGGGGCAGGAGACAGAAAGAGCGGCGGGCUCAUCCUGCUGACAUGGUCGCUCGCUGUCACGGCCGCAUUCUCCAUCCUGGGCGAUCCUCGCACUCUAGGCACCGAGCUUAGCUCGCAGCUGGCACCAUACCUGCGGCGAGUCAUCUUAUACGACGGGUCUGCACUCACCGCAGGCGUCGAUCCCAACUUGAUGCUGACUUGGCCGAUAGCCGACCCGCUGGUCCCACUCGAGCAGAAGGCGGCCAAAUUCCACGAAUGGGUCUCCUCAUACUCCACUCCACAUCCCGACGGCGCGCCCAUCACGGUUGAGGCGCUGCACGCACGCACGGUGCUGCCGCGCCCACCCACGCUGUCUACGCUGACGCCCGCCGACCUGCAGCGCGUCACGAACCCCGAGGUCGCGCUCCGUUCGGCGCUCAUCGUGAACACCGACAGGGGUAUCCAUCAACGGCACGCGCACGCGACGUUCUCGGACGCUGAGGCCGUGCUGCCGGAUGUCGAAGUCGCGGUGUGGUGGUGUGAUCAGACGUUCUGGAUGGCAGUCUGGGGUGCGAAGGUCUUUGAAGACUUCAUCAAGGAAGAGCCGGAUGCUGGCAAGCGGAAGCGGGAGGCAUGGAUCUUCAAGGUCAAGGAUGCAAAUCAUUUCCUGCAUUGGGACGAGCCCGAGAGAAUGGUUCGCCUCCUGGCUGAGACUUGUGACCCGCAACCGCUCGCUAAACUCUGAAUAAACUCGUGUUGAAGUCCAUUCCAUCCGAUCGCAGCAGGGAGCAGCAGUCCCAGAAGCAUCCACACUAUUCCAGCUGCGCCUCCGUGCUGCAUGGUGACAAAUAUCGUCUGAGACUUACUACAUCAGUGAUUUGAUGAUCCGCUUAGUCGGAGCUUCGCUACCUGCAUCAUUGCACCUUGUGGUUGCGAUAUCGACCAAGUAUAUAAGAGCACACCAUUCAGUCCCCUACAUUGCAUCGUGCAGCUCUGCGACCCCAAU